UUCAUUUUCUCCUCGCUCGCGCCAGCCCCUUGACCAUCACCCUUCCCUUUGAUCGACAAUCAGGCUGUCCGCCGAAUCCAAAAAGCAACCGCACAACAACAAGCGACGCCAACAGCCAAGAUGGAGUCGAUGCACACGUCCCCGCCUCCGCCUCAAGCACACGAACAAGGACAGGACCAGGCACAAGCCACCGCCAUGGAGACGCCGUCGCAAUCCCCCUGCCAAGACGAAGGCCACAACAACGACAGCGGGUCCCCGUUGCCAAAGCAGAGCAAGACGCUGGCCCAGGAGGACGAGGACACCGAGGCAGGACGGCGCGCUGCCAUGGAUGAGGAGCAGGAGCAGGAGGAGGAAUACCAAGACCACGACCCCGAGUUUCUCCAAGAGGAACACGAGGACGACGAGGAGGAGGAGGACAACGAGGAUUAUGCACACCAGGAAGGCUACCGUCAUGAUGUCGUCGGUGCUCGGGGUCCUGGCACGGUUCGUAUGAGUAGCCCAGAGCUCUUGCAUCGCCUCGUCAUGCACGGCAAGACGUCGCAGAUGUUUGAGCUGCGGUUUGUCAUGCACCAGCAUCGCGUCACCGCUGCGGAUGAGGCCCGUCGCGUCGUGCAGGCGAACCUCCAGCGACGCCUCGCGUCAGCGUCCGAGGAGCACGACGAGGACGAGGACGAUGAACGGCUCUCCACUGCCUCUGCACCCAUCAGCGCAGCCCACCACGAUGGCGCUGGGGGUGAUGAGGACGCUGACACGCUGCUCCACACCAUGCCGCAGAGCAGGCACUCAUCACAGCCGUCCACCUCUUCCUCAGACUGGGCCUUUGACCUCUUCCAGGAAUUGCUGCUCAGCAACAGCGGCAGCAACAACGGCAGCAGCGGCGGCAGCGCCUAUGGCGGUGACUCCCCCGUGGGCUCGCUGAGCAGCAGCCCCGGCACGGUGCGCCGCCAUGCCGGCAGUGGCGACGACGGCAGCGAAACAGACACGGGCAGCGAGGACGGGACAUCGGAGCUGGCCAGCAUCUUCGGCGGCACGGUGCACGGCGCAGUCACGCCGCAGACGCACGCGCAGAUGGCCGAGGCCGAUCGCACCGCCCGUCUCAACGACGUCGCAGCCAUGGCCACACAGUCCCGGGUGCGAGAGGUGUUGACAGGUGAGCGCCGCGCUGCGCUCGAAGCGCUGUUCGCCGCACCAGAGCCGUCACCGUUAUCUUCGUCGUCGUCCUCAUCCACCACCACCACGACGCGUCGCGGCCCCCCACCGCCGGUCCGUCCACGCGUGCGCAGGACUGUCAACCCUCAGCAGCAGCAGUCGACUGCAGCACAUGCGGAGGAGGAGGAGGAGGACGGAAGUGAUGACGACGGUGCCAGCGGCAACCCCGAGCUGGCUGAGUUGCGGGGCCAGGGCGUGGUGUCGCGCAUGCUUCGGCGUCGCUUCUUCAUCACCAACGUCAAUGCUUCCCUGGCCACUGCCAGCCACAACCUCGGGCCCCAACGUUACGAUGUCUGGCGUCAGAUCACGCACACCAUCAACAGCCGCCGUGGAGGCAGUCAGCAGCCACAACCGGCGCAGACUUCACAGCAGCAGCCACAGCAGCCACAACAGCAGCCACAACAGCAGCCACAACGGCAGCAGCGUCCGCCACUUCCGCUGCCGCAAAGCCGGCCGCAGCCUGAGGAGCAUCAGCGUCAGGCAGCAGCCACACCGGCACACCGCGGCGGCGAUGAUGGCCAUGCUGGCAGCGGUGUUCGCGCGCCAAUCCCACAACAGCGAAAUGUUCGCCUGCAAGAUGCACACGCACGCGCCCCACAGCGUCGCCCAGGGGCGCGCAACACGGAGAUGACGCACGAGCUGUCGCAGCUGCUUGCGUCCCAUCUCGUCCAGAACAUGCUGCAAGGUAACUUCCGCACGGUGCUUGAGCUCCAUCUGCGCAACGCCCGUCUCCGCCGCCAGAACCAGGCAGACCAAGCCACCCCUCGCACCCGCACAGCCUGGCGUCCACGCCAACAGCAACAGCAGCAACAGCAAGAACAGCAGCAGCAGCAACAGCAACAGCCGGCUGAGCCUGUCCGUCGCCCCUCCCCCGCGGCCGGUGGCGGGAGUGCAGCGCUGCUGGCCCGGCGCGUGGACGACCUCACGCGGCAGAUGGCGGACCUCGUGGCGCUGGUGCAGACAACCUACCAGAGCCAGCUCACCAUGGAGCGCUCGCUUCGCCAGGAGGUGGCGGCAGCCCUGCACGGCAACCCCCCGCAAGCCGCGUCCCGUCCCGCUCAGGGCAACAGGUGUGUUGUCUGCCUGCAGGACCAGGCGGACACCAUCAUGUACCGCUGCGGACACCUCUGCGCCUGCAACAGCUGCGCCACGAAGAUCCUGGCGGAUGGUCACGCGUGCCCGUGCUGCCGUGCUCCUGUCACGGAUGUCCUGCGCGCAUACAUGCCUUGAGCGUCGUGUCGUCUAAUCACAGGACCACCACGCACACACACGCACCCUGUUCUCAUUUACAUUGAAACUCUGUUGAUUGGCUGCUGUGAUUCCUUACUUGAUUGUCUUCCUUGAUGGUCUUCCUUGCUUGUCUUCCUUGCUUGUCUUCCUUGCUUGCUUCUCUUGCUCAAACCAUCGUGAUCCCUCCGUGUUGACUGGUGGUCAACAAACCAACCAACAACCAACAGACAGUACAAGAACACCAACACAAGCUGCCAUUAAAGUCAAUUUUGACUUUUGACACAAAGUCAAUUUUGCCGAGA